GGACCGGUUUUCAUCUUUUUCUUUCUUCCUUGUCCCGGUCAGCCGUUGUUUCCCCUCGUCUCGAAGGCGUUCCCAAUUUCUCUACCGCCACUACUCGGAAAGAUUGAAAAUCAGAAAAAACACAAACACAUUGAGAGAGGUAUAGAGAUAGACAGAGAGCUCUAUAGAGGCAUUUCUGGUAUAGGAUAAUGGGGAAGGGGGAGAAGACGGGGUUAGGGCGGGCUCUGGUGAAGCACCACAACCAGAUGAUCCAGCAGACCAAAGAGAAAGGUCGGUUUUACCGGAACCAGCACAAAAAGGUUCUCGAGUCCGUCACCGAGGUCAACGACAUCGACGCCGUCAUCGAUCAGGCCGAUGAGGCACAGCGCCUCUUCUCCGACCGCCAUCCUCCCGUUAACCUUCUCAUCAAUUUGGACUCUGGCUCCAGCAAUAGUGAGGUUACACCUGAGCAAAGGAGGGAGAUGCAAAAGAGAGAGGAGGAAUUGCAUGCUAGCAGUCUUCAUGUUCCACGGAGGCCACCAUGGAAUUCUAGAAUGUCUGUUGAAGAGCUUGAUACCAAUGAAAGGCAAGCUUUUCUAAUUUGGCGGAGGAGCCUUGCGAGACUUGAGGAGAAUGAGAAUCUUGUCCUAACUCCAUUUGAGAAAAACCUUGAUAUUUGGAGACAGCUUUGGAGAGUGGUUGAACGUUGUGAUUUGCUUGUGAUGGUGGUUGAUGCUCGGGACCCCCUCUUUUACCGCUGUCCCGACCUUGAGGCAUAUGCACAAGAAGUGGAUGAACACAAAAAAACAAUGCUUCUAGUAAAUAAAGCAGAUCUUUUACCUUUAUCCAUCAGAAAGAAAUGGGCUGAAUACUUUCGCCUUCAUGGCAUUCUCUUUGUAUUUUGGUCUGCAAAGGCUGCUACUGCAGCUCUUGAAGGAAAAAAAAUUAGUGUCUUGAAGAUUCAAGAUGAUUUGCAAGAGUCAGAUGAUGCCGAGACAAGAAUAUAUGGCAGAGAGGAGCUAUUGGCUCGAUUACUUUCUGAAGCAGAGAAUAUAGUCCUUACUAGGAAUGGUUUAAGGUCCAGUCUUCCUGUCCCCUUGGAUGGUCACCUUGCUGAUGAGAACUUGGCAGGAAAUGCACAACCUAAGAGUGUAAUGGUUGGAUUUGUAGGGUAUCCCAAUGUUGGUAAAAGUUCAACCAUUAAUGCUUUGGUAGGGGAGAAGCGGGCUGGUGUAACUUCCACUCCUGGAAAGACAAAGCAUUUCCAGACAUUGAUAAUAUCUGACAGACUUACACUGUGUGAUUGCCCUGGUCUAGUGUUUCCAUCCUUCACAAGCUCAAGAUUUGAGAUGAUUGCUUCUGGGGUUUUGCCAAUUGAUCGCAUGACUGAGCACCGGGAGGCUAUUCAGGUUGUGGCAAACCGAGUUCCUAGAAAAGUUAUAGAGGAUGUCUAUAAAAUUUCUUUGCCCAAGCCAAAGCCAUAUGAACCACAAUCACGUCCACCUUUGGCAUCAGAACUUUUGAGAGCCUAUUGUGCAUCCCGGGGAUAUGUUGCUGCAAGUGGACUGCCUGAUGAAACUAGAGCCGCCCGCCAAAUUUUGAAGGACUAUGUUGACGGGAAGCUUCCCCACUUUGAAAUGCCACCUGGAAUGCCGAACGAGGAAGAAGAUGGUGAAGAGGACGCUGCUGAUACAGAUGACGACGUUGAUGAUGCUGGACCCAGCCUGUCAGACCAUGAUUCCUCUGAUGUUGAAGACCCUUCAGUAAGUGAACUAGAAGAUGCACCAAGCCUUGACCACAUUCUGAAUGAUCUAAACACAUUCGACAUCACUAAUGGGCUAGCUGCUUCUAGUAAAGCAACUGUUAAAAAGAAGCCAACAAGGGCACCCCAUAAACAGCAUAAGAAGCCACAGAAGAAGAAAGACCGCAGCUGGAGAGUCCAGAACGACGGCGGUGAUGGCAUGCCAGCUGUAAGGGUUCUCCAAAAGCCAGUUAAUACAGGCCCGUUAAACAUCUGAACCUAUUAUCAAGAGAUAUUUCUUGUUGAUUGAAUCGAAACAAAAGAAAAACCACGUAGACCUGCUGCCGCCUGUAGCAGUUGACUUCACCUGGUAGUUGACAGUUUUGUUGUAGGUCGUUUGUUUGUCAUCAUAUUUAUGAUUUGUUAAGUGAAAUGAAUAGAUAAUACAAUGCUUUUCAGAGCAAUCUUUACAUUUGGUAUGGAAGUCUGUUAGUUCUCUCU